GACUGUUGCUGAAUAAAAAUCCGCUUAUUUAUUGCAGAUGCGUAUUUUGACGGGCAAAUACACUAAGUAAAAGAACACAGUAUGGGUAAUCCCAAGAAAAAAGUGUCCGAUGCCUCCAAGGAAGAGCUGAUGGUGAAGACUGUGACGGAGAUUGUAAGUGCCCUCAUCAAAGCUCACCAAGAUGGGAAAGAUGUUGAUCUCAAUCGAUUGAAGACGAAAAUCGCCAGCAAAUACUGUAUGCCAAGUCAGCCUCGACUUGUAGACAUCAUAGCUGCAGUACCACAGCAGUACAAAAAGGUAUUGUUACCAAAGUUAAGGGCCAAACCCGUGAGAACUGCAAGUGGGAUUGCAGUUGUAGCAGUGAUGUGUAAACCUCACCGUUGUCCACACAUAGCCAUGACAGGAAAUAUCUGUGUAUAUUGUCCAGGUGGUCCUGACUCUGAUUUUGAAUACUCUACACAGUCGUACACAGGAUAUGAGCCAACAUCUAUGAGGGCAAUUAGAGCCAGAUAUAACCCAUAUCUGCAGACACGACACAGAGUAGAACAGCUCAAACAGCUGGGCCACAGUGUAGACAAAGUGGAGUUUAUCGUGAUGGGUGGAACGUUCAUGUCACUGUCGGACGAAUACAGGGACUAUUUUAUCAGAAACCUUCAUGACGCCCUGUCUGGAAAUACAAGUAGUUCAGUGGAGGAAGCAGUCAAAUAUUCUGAAAAAAGUACCACAAAGUGUAUCGGUAUCACUAUUGAAACUCGACCAGACUACUGUCUAAGAAAACACAUCAGUGACAUGUUAAAAUAUGGCUGUACACGUUUGGAGAUCGGGGUGCAGAGUGUUUAUGAAGAUGUCGCAAGAGACACAAACAGAGGUCACACUGUGAAGGCCGUCUGCGAGUCCUUUCAGAUGUCUAAAGAUGCGGGGUUCAAGGUCGUUGUCCACAUGAUGCCUGACCUGCCAAAUGUUGGCUGGGACCGAGAUGUAGAACAGUUUAUAGAAUUUUUUGAAAAUCCUGCCUUCAGAGCUGAUGGGUUGAAGUUGUAUCCAACAUUGGUUAUCCGAGGAACGGGGUUGUAUGAGUUGUGGAAAACUGGCCGAUACAAGAGUUAUCCUCCCAGCGUUUUGAUUGACCUCGUUGCUAGAAUCCUUGCCUUGGUUCCUCCAUGGACGAGGGUGUACAGAGUGCAGAGAGACAUCCCGAUGCCGCUGGUGACAUCUGGUGUGGAACAUGGGAACCUGCGGGAGCUGGCUCUCGCCCGAAUGAAGGACCUCGGCACUCAGUGUCGAGACGUGCGCACGCGAGAGGUGGGAAUACAGGAGAUUCAUCACAAAGUGAAGCCGUAUGAGGCUGAACUCAUUAGACGGGAAUAUGCCGCUAACGGUGGCUGGGAGACGUUUUUGUCCUAUGAGGACCCGGAACAGGACAUUCUCAUCGGACUGCUUCGAUUGAGGAAGUGUUCCGCUGACACGUUCCGACCCGAAUUGAAGGGCGGGUGUUCCAUUGUCCGUGAGUUGCACGUGUACGGCAGUGUCGUGCCAGUCAGUGCACGUGAUCCAACCAAGUUCCAGCAUCAGGGUUUUGGAAUGCUACUGAUGGAGGAAGCUGAACGGAUCGCCCGAGAAGAACACGGUUCACAAAAACUGGCAGUUAUUUCAGGAGUUGGCACGAGAAAUUAUUAUCGGAAGAUUGGAUAUGAACUUGAAGGACCGUAUAUGAUGAAAAGUCUUGUUGACAGAUGAUGAUAAGUGUGUUCUGAAUGGACUACAGACCAGAUACAGGUCUCUGAAAACGAACAAUCGUUGGUCUUUCCUUGAUCUCUGGACAGAUCAGCAGCAGAGAAUUAACUAGGUUUAUCUGCAUUUUUCUAAAUCUUCAUGAUUAGACCUAGUUAAUUCUCCGUGAACCAAAUGUGGCAGCACAGAUUACUGUUUCAAUAAAAUUUAAAGAUUCA